AAAUUUGCGAUAUAGUACUUACUUAUAUUGAUGAAAGAUUUUCAGAGUAAGUUUGUACAAUUCAUUUUAUUUAUUUAAUAUUGAAUAUCAUAGUGAUCAUAGUUAUCGUAGUACAUACUUUCACAGGUUGCCAAAUGAUAUAGCAAAAUAUGUCGCUGAAAAAAUUUGUGAGACUUUUCCAACUGAAGUUGUAAAAACUUAUUAUAUUUCUCCAAUAAAAAAGAAAAAUGCAAUAGAUAACAAAUCUAAAGCAUCUAAAGGCAAAUUGGUAUCAAUGUGGAGAAAUAAGAGAAGCAGGAAUAAAAAAUUUUAUGGCGAAAUUGAAAAAACAAUAGGAGAGGUUGCGAACGAUGUUCCAGAUGAAAAAGUUGAUGAAAAAGUUGUUGCAAGUAUGAAAUGGUUAGAGACUAAUGAGGCUCCUUGGACAGAGGUUCUAUUACAUUGGUCUACAACAUAUGAUUUAAGAAAAAAAGAUCUGUACAAUAAUCAAGAUAAAGAUUUGUCUAAUAUUUUUUCUAAAUGGACACAUUACAAACAUCCACAAGGUUAUAACCUCAUAAUCCAAGAUUUCAGCAAAAUGUCUCUCUCAAACGUUGCUUUAAGCGAAUCAAAUUUUAAACGUUUUUUCAAUAUCAUUCUUCAAAAUUUUUCGAUUAAUCCUAAGGAUGACGAUGGAUAUCAAAUGCUCAAUAAAAUAAAAGAAGAGGACUUGAAUAAUGACAAAAAAAUAUUAACGAUGUUUAAACUUUUACCUCAUCUAAUACCUCCGAAAACAAUGAAAAAAAUAGAUGGAGUUUAUAAAAGAGCUUCUCUUUAUGCUGCCGAAAAAUGCAUGAUAAGAAUUGUGAAAAUUGCUGGAGAUGUUACUUUAAUAAGACAUGAAGCAAAGCAACAAGCCCAAAUGUUAAAAAUUACGCUUCAGCCGUAUAUCAUUUAUGUCGAUGGAGAGGAUCUGCAUGAAAUAUACGUUUGUGUCGAUGACAUUUUGUAUAAAACAAAUAGUGCUUUAGAAGCUAUUGAUGUCUGCUUUAAAGCAUUUCAAGUUUUUCAUGUAAAAUAUCCAUCAGCUUGCGAGCACUUAUGGUUAUUAAUUCAAAAAGGUAUUUAUAUGUUCGAUACUAUAUAUGAUGCAGAAAUACCUCAUAUACAAAAUGUGUUGAACAAAGUAAGUCUUAAGCUCGAUGAAAAGGACAUAGAUACUUCUGAUGCCUACGAAUUAUCAGAUUAAUGUUGAAUCUUUUGUUUUAAUUACAUAAAAUUCCUUUAAUUUCCAAUUCCUUUAAAUUACAUUUAAUAUUUAAUUUCUGAGUGUUUUAAAAUCAGAUUUUUAUUUUUUCUUUCAAAAUGAAUUGUUUUUUUUGCGAAAAAAUAUUUAUAACCAUGGACCUUGUCAUGCAACAUAUAAGGUUAAAACAUAAGUUUAUGUUAAAUUCCACUAUUACAUGUAAGUUUGACAAUUGUGAUGAUCAGUUUACUAAUGUUUAUUCUUUACGGAGACACGUUCUCAAUAAACAUAUAUCAGAAACAAAAUUAGCUUCAAGUAUAACUUCAAAGCAAAUAAGUGAUAUUGUUUUUGAUACAGACGCUUCUGAAUUUUCUGAUGAUACUUCAACUAUUUCUAAUUUCAAUUCGAACAAUUCUAAUAAGGGUC